CUUGACCAAUCCCCGCACCACUCCUCAUGGAGUCUACCAGAGCUAAAGCAGUCGAGUGGCUGGACUUACUACGCAGAAGCUAAUCGAAGAUCUGGAACCUCUACCUCAAAAUCAAGAAGCGAGCUCAAACAAAUCACUGGUUUAUACUAGCUCGUAAUCAGGAUAUUGGAUAUUGGAUUGGAUGCUGGACAUACGCGGGUUUUCCAGGAAACUGACCUUGAGUCUAGUUCUACUGUCAGUUUACGUUCGUUGCACCAAGUUUUGUUUUUUGGGUCAAUGUAAUGUCUGUUCCUCCUCCUCCACCUCCUCCGCAACUCAAGUUCACAAGGCCACCUCCCAAACAGGUUUCUGAGUCUUCUGGCCCAGCAUUUUUGGCAGAUAUUAAAGCUGGAAAAGCACUUAGGAAGGUUCCGGAUUCUGAAAAAAGGGAUAGAAGUGCGCCAUUGGCAUCUAAAUGUACAGAUCGUAACGAUGCAGGAAGUGGUUCAGGUACAGUGUCGUCUAUAUCUGGUGGAGUUUGUCCACCACCAAUGGGUCUUCCAAAUCCUUUUGCAAAUGGAGCACCAAAAUUAAGACCAGUUGGCUCUGUAGAUGUUUCACGUAAUAAUACAGUUCAGAAUUCAGUGACAAGACAACCUGUAGGUGGAUAUGCAAAAAAUCCUGCACCACCGCCACCACCGCCAACCGCACCUCCACUGCCACAGUCUUCCCCACCACCAUCUCCGCCUCCAGCAUCAUUUGUAUUUCCGAACACAAUUUCUUCAGAUAUACCGUCAACAACACCUUAUACAGUGUAUCAACAACGUCCUAAUCCAGUGUCCAAUGGGAUUUCAUGUCAUCAUCAUCACCAUCGAAAUCAGCUUGUCCUUAGUUGUUGCUGCUGUUGUUUUCUAAUUAAAAAUAAAAAAAAAUCAAUAUGUAUACAAUAUAAUUUAUCUACUUCUAUGAAGGCUAUUCGUAAUGGACCCUCACAACCACAACCACAAGCACCACCUCCAACACCUGCUAGACCAUCAUUUUCUUCUAAAACAUCAGCUGAUCAUAACUAUCCUAGGUCAAAUUUUUACAGAAGACUAUCUACAGAUUGUUUUAAUCAGGCGAGUACAAAUAUUAUGCCAAACAGUUCAGUACAGACUAUCACAUCACAUUCAUCAUCAAUACCGAUAUCACCUCCAGUAACAAUAAUGAAUGAUAGCAAUACUAAUACCACUAAUAACAACAACAACAACAACAAUAUAAUGAUGAGUUAUACUGUUAGUGGUAAUGUUACUAGUGGGUAUACUGCUGUUGUAUCUCCAUCCCCACCUCCACCACCACCGCCACCACCACCUCCUCCUUCUGGACGUUCUCCACGACGAAAACAGAGUAAUUCGAAUCGUUAUCAGCGAGUUGGUUCAACCAAUACCGAUAUGAAUGGCAUACCUGUUGGCCAAUCAACUAAAGUAAUACGUAUCUCGUCAUCUGGUAACAGUUUGAACGGGAACGGGAAUUACAAUGGAGAGGCGAUAUCGUCAACAACAACAACUCCGUUGUUACCAUCCUGUGUAUAUGAUUUGAAUGUGCCGCCGCCGCCACCACCACCACCACCGACGACAACGACGACAACAAUGAUGAAUUCACGUGCUCAUCCGACACCACCGCCACCACCUUCUAUUGGAAAUGAUUAUUUAAACAGUAAUGGCGGUAAUAAUACCAACAACAAUAUAGCCAGUCUUGUACGUCAAUUUGAAGCUCGUUUCACAUUUCUUGAUAUUGGAAAUAUUCCUGUACCUAAGGCUUAUCAUGGUCCUAAAACAUAUCGAAGUACUGCAAGCAUAAAUCAUAAUAUUAAUAAUAAUGAUGGGCAUCGUACUCAAGUACCGCAUCGAGUAGCUCCUUCAGCGCCAAGAAAUUACUAACUAACCAACCAACCAACUAACUAACUAACUCCCUUGUUAGAUGAACACAAUUCACUAUUAAGUAAAAAGAAAAGUUAAUUCUUAUAUUAUCGAUUUUAUAAUUCUACUAUAUCAAUUACCCCAAAUAACUGGGUGGAUCACGCAGGUGCAGCGGGGCGGGACGGGACGGGACGCAGCGUGUUGACGCAAAACAAUCGUGAUGUGGUGUUAUAUAUAUAUAAUAUGAAUUAUUUCUUCUUGUUUUACACUAUCAAAUACCCUAAUUAACCUUUAUUUGAUUCUAUUUUGUGUGUGUGCGCGCGUAACACAGUUCGUGUUUAUUUUGAGUAAUCUCUUGUUCUUGCGUGUUUCGGGCUGACAAGCGCACUCUCUCUCUCUCUCUCUCACAGACUCAGACAUUUGCAUCUUACAAGUGCCUUUUGUCGUUAUUAAGUAGUAUUCUUUCACCUACAGGAAGGUGAAUAAUCCUGGAAACUUGCUUGACUGGCAUCUCUUGAAUGCUGCCAUUUUGUUUCUGUACUCCCCGUUUCUCUUGCUUCUGACCAUAUUCCCGCAAGCCUCCCCCUCCCUCCACCCCUCGAAUUUAUUUGUUACUCUUGUUUUGAUUUUUAUGAAUUUGAAACAAAAUUUUUGCUGUGAUCUAGAUAACUAACUCAAUAACUAAGUGACUAAGCAAUUAAAUUCUUCACAUUUUUCUGUCUUUUUUUAUGUGUUUUUCAUUCUUCUCAACACACACACACACACUCGCUCACAAAUACACAGACACACACACUGAUUUCAUUUGACUGACGAAUUGUUUGUGUGAGAGAAAGAGAGAGCCACGGGAUGGUUCGUUUUCUUCUCACUUGAAACUUGUCAACAAUGUCAAUUUUCUUCUUCUGUUUUUUAUACUUUUUUCAUAUUCUCUGUUUUUGUAAACGAAUCUGUCUCACUAUUAUUAUUAUUAUUAUUAUUAUUAUUAUUAUUAUUAAUAUGAUCAUACAUUUUGAAGUGAAAGGUUUGUUAUAAUAUUGAUCGAUUUUAUAAGAGACAAGUGUAAAGAACUAACUAACUAACCAACCAACUCACUCACUCAUUAACAAACUCAUCAAACGAAUAAUUGUCUUGAGGAGAAAGCAGGCGACGAGGUCGACGCUGACGACGCCGAGAAGGAGGAGCAGGCGAAGGAGAUGUUAUGUGUGUGUGUGUGCUUGUGUGUAAAAGAAGCAAUUUUCAGAAUGACCAACAAAGAAAUAUUUAUUUAUUUC